AUCAAAUUGACAUUUAUCUCGUGACAGAUUGAGUAAUUUUUGCAUGCUGGGGUUUUGCAAUGAAACGUUUUUUGUUGAAUUCUGACGAAAAAGAAAAUGUUUGAGCAUUCUGUUAAAGUACCACGACAUUAUAAAGUUGCAGCGAAUAUUUUCAAGAAAGUUUCAACUGAAGGCGGCAGUGUCAAAACUUUAUUGUACGAUAAUAAACUCAAACACUUCAGGACAAAUGUGCUUUAUGCACUUAUAACAGAAACUAUCAAACAUGCAGCUGAUAUAGACAAAAUAUUUGAAAAUUGUAGCAUACUUGAGAAAGAGACUCGUUUAGACCCAUGGCUGGCGAAGGUCCUCACUGCUGAAUUGCUCUUUGGCAAAAAGUCUCUCCCAGGCAAAAGCAAACCUGAACAAACAAUACUUUCCUACAAAGACCAAUUUCAGACAUAUACCACUGACCAUCAAGAUGAUUUGAAGACUGAAGCAAUUCGCCGACCGCGGUACGUGCGUAUCAACACGAAUCUCCUGACAACAUCAGACGCCAUUAGAGCCUUCCAAGACGAAGGUUACCGCUUCAUCCGCUGCACUUCGGGCUCCUACGACGACUACCUGCAGCAGAUCCAGGGUCUGACCGAGGAGGACUUCACACAGGAUUUCCAUGUGAAGACUGUUUUUGUGUUCGCGCCGGGAACUAAGCUACAUGAGCAUGAGCUGUACUUGGAGAAUAAGAUCAUUUUGCAGGAUAAGGCUACAGCCAUGGCGGUACAUCUACUGGCUGCUCCAUCCGGCAGCGUGGUGUUUGACAUGUGCGCUGCUCCUGGCAUGAAGACGACGCAACUGGCAGCCUACAUGAGGAACGAGGGUAAAAUCUACGCGUCAGAAAGGAACGAGAAACGUUACCAAACGUUAUGUGACUUCGUGGAAAGGACCGGGUCGACCUGCGUGGAGACCAUGCAUAAGGACUCAUUGGAAAUUAAGAGAGGAGACAUGGAUGAUGUGGAGUACAUUCUCUUGGAUCCCAGCUGCUCGGGAUCAGGUAUGGAACUUUGUGUCCAUAACUACAUAGAAGCGACAAGGUUGGCCAAGCUGACUUCUCUGCAGGAGAAGUUUCUAAAACACGCAAUGAACUCUUUUCCGAAAGCGAAAAGAAUUGUCUAUAGCACUUGCUCGCUCUUUCCUGAGGAAAAUGAAAGAGUCAUCACUAAUGUGGUAAAAACUUCAAGGGCUAAAUGGAGAGUGCAAGACGUUAAUGAACUUUUGAAAGGAAAGUGGAAUAAUUUUGGUUCAGCCAUGUAUGGAAGCAUGGGUACAAGGUGCCUCUACGCGAGACCUGAGUCUGAUCUAACUACAGGCUUCUUUUUAGCAGUGUUGGAUAGAGACGAGAAAGAUUUGGAGAAAUCUUUGAGGAAUGCCAAUAAAGAUGGAGUUGAAGAUGUACCAAAAGGUAUAAAUGAAGAAGAUUCUGUCAUUUCAGAAGAUAAAUUUAAAAAGAGAAGAAACAAUGAAAAGCAGUCUUCAAAGUUCGAUAAUACUAAAGAUAUUGACGGAGAAUGUAAUGUAAUCAAUAAUAUUUAUGAUGUUGAAGAUGGUAGUAAUUUACCUUAUGUUGAUGAUGCAGCGAAAAAGAGGAAGAAAAACAAACAGGAACAAAAUGAACUUAAUGAAAAUAAUUCAGAAGAAAUAUUCGUUAAAAAUAAAAAGAAGAAAAACAAAGAUAAAGACAAAUCUGAUAAAAUUAAAGGUACAUCUAGUGAACUCGCUACUGGAGAUGAGGAAACACAGAGGAAGAAAAAGAAACGGAAGAAAUAUAUCGAAGAUAAAGUAGAAAUAGAUGAACAGUCAGACUUGACGGAGCUUGUUAAGAAGAAAAAGAAAAAACAUGAUAAUGAAAAUGUAGUUUCCAACGAUGAUUUUGAAAUUAAAAAUGUUUCAGCAAAAAAGAAAAAGAAGAAAAAAAAUAAAGAACUGGAAUGUGAAUAGUGACAAAUAAGAAAUUUCAUUUUUAUACGUCUUGUGUUUAUAUUGUAAUAAAUGAAAUCGAUGAAAGACUA